UUCCUUUUCAAAACUUUUCUUCUAUAUCGAAGAAGAAAAUAUGGGUGUAAAAGGCAAGUUGAUUGCUUCAGUAGAGGUGAAGUGUGGAGGACACUCGAUUCAUGAUAUUUUUCACACCUCUACUCAUCAUAUAUCUAACAUAAGUCCCGGUAAGGUCCACAAAGUUGUUAUUGAUGAAGGUGAAACCAUAAAAGUUGGUUCGAUUGUUAACUGGAAAUAUAACGAUGAUGGAAAAGAUAAGAUAUGUAAGCAAGUGAUUGAAGCCGCGGAUUAUCAGAAGAAAUCAAUCACUUGGAAAGUGAUUGGAGGAGAUCUAUUAGAGUUGUACAAUUCCUUCACUAUUAUCACAUCCCAUGACCACCAAUGGACUACAUGGACACUUGAGUACGAGAAGAAAACUGAAGACACCCUAGAGCCUCUCGUUUUCUUGGGUUAUGCCCUACAUGUGACCAAAGAUAUAGAGGGUCACCUUCUCAAGUAAUAUAAUCUAUGCGUAUGUAUGUAUGUAUGUUAAUACACACAUAUAUACAUAUCUCUGUGUGUGUAAUGUGUAUUUGGCAAUAUUGGCUAGUUCUAGCUAGCUGCGUGUGAAAUAAAGAAUGUUGUGUUUCAAGAAUAUAUUAUAUAUGCACUCUCCUUCUAUGGAUGUA